AUUUUUUUAAAAAAAAGAAGCAAGCAUGGAAAGAUGGACAAAAAAUAGGGCAUUAGUGAUGCUACUAGCUGCCAUAUUUAUUAUCUCAUUAUUAGCAUUACUCAACAACUUGACACCAACACAGUCACUCCUAUCAUCAGAUCUGCUCGAUACCUUAAAUAGUAACAACAACGAAGAGGAGAUAAUUGUGCCAGAAAAAGAAGAGCAAGUGACAACAAAGCCUCUGAGUGAUGAAGAGUGGAAACCAAAGAAUUGGGGUAAACUAGAUGACGCACUUGAAAGAAUAAUCAAGCCAAACUUGCGUGUUCAUCGUAAAGACAAGAUACUACUGACAGCUGUUGCUAAUCAUGGCAUGGGCGAAUACACACUAAACUGGAUUAGAUCUCUCAAAAAAUGUGGAUUGGAUGAUAAGUUUGUAGUCUUUGCUAUUGAUGAAAAAAUGGUUGAGCUGUUGACAGAUGCAGGAUACAGUCGUCAUGUAGUGUUGAUUCCCGAUACGUGGUAUCAUAAACAGCUAUCAGGCGAAUUUGAAGGAUGGAAAUCAGAAGGAUAUACGCCAAUCACUCACGCCAAGUCCUUGGUGGUAGAGAGGCUACUCUAUGCAGAUAUUACGGUCUGGUUCUCAGAUGUUGAUAUCGUAUUUACAUCGCCCCAUAUUUAUGAAUAUCUUACCAUGAAACUCAACUCGAGAAAGGUACGCACAGAAACCUUAUUCAGUCAAGAAACCGAACAAAAGAUCGUCAACUCUGGAUUUUAUAUUAUGAGACCUACUCUCAUGAACAAGCGCAUCUUGGACUCUUCAAUCUACAUUCAAGACAAGGAACCAAAAGUGACACAGCAAAGGGCAAUAAACCUGGUGCUGGAUGACUUGAACCUGAGCUAUCAAACGAGCCCCAUUGCCUUGCUUGAUCUAAUGCUUUUCCCUCAAGGCCAAUUAUACUUUGAUAGAAAUAUACCUACAAAAUAUAAUAUGACACCCAUGAUAGUUCAUGCAAACUAUCGUGUAGGAGAAAACAAGAAGAAAGACUUGCAGAAAUUCGGUCUUUGGUACAUUUAAUAUCCCACAAGUUUCAAUAAAAUUGUUUAUAGAUUUAAAAGUCAAUUCAAUAAAAAAUAACGAUUCCACAAGUGA